UUUAGCAUGGUCUCUCGUGUAUUUACCUCCCCAUUUUGUUUUGUUUUUCAUAUUUUGUUUCUGUUAGGAGAGAACAUUGAAAUUAUUCUCUAAGCUAUUUGAAGAGAGUGACUAAAUGCACCUGGGUCAGGCUGUCUGUGGGUAUGAAGUGGUUGGGAGAAUCCAAGAACAUGGUGGUGAAUGGCAGGAGAAAUGGAGGCAAGUUGUCUAAUGACCAUCAGCAGAAUCAAUCCAAAUUACAGCACACGGGGAAGGACACCCUGAAGGCUGGCAAAAGCGCAGUCGAGAGGAGGUCGAGCAGAUGUAAUGGCAACUCAGGAUUCGAAGGGCAGAGUCGCUAUGUGCCAUCUUCUGGGAUGUCCGCCAAGGAGCUCUGUGAAAAUGACGACCUAGCAACCAGCUUGGUUCUUGAUCCCUAUUUAGGUUUCCAAACACACAAGAUGAAUACUAGCGCCUUUCCUUCGAGGAGCUCAAGGCAUUUUUCAAAAUCUGACAGUUUUCCUCACAACAACCCUGUGAGAUUUCGGCCUAUUAAAGGAAGGCAAGAAGAAUUAAAGGAAGUAAUUGAACGUUUUAAGAAAGAUGAACACUUGGAGAAAGCUUUCAAAUGUUUGACUUCAGGUGAAUGGGCACGGCACUAUUUUCUCAACAAGAACAAAAUGCAGGAGAAAUUAUUCAAGGAACAUGUAUUUAUUUACUUGAGAAUGUUUGCAACUGACAGUGGAUUUGAGAUAUUGCCAUGUAAUAGAUACUCAUCAGAACAAAAUGGAGCCAAAAUAGUUGCAACAAAAGAGUGGAAACGAAAUGACAAAAUAGAAUUACUGGUGGGUUGUAUUGCCGAACUUUCAGAAAUUGAGGAGAACAUGCUGCUUAGACAUGGAGAAAACGACUUCAGUGUCAUGUACUCCACAAGGAAGAACUGUGCUCAACUCUGGCUGGGCCCGGCUGCGUUCAUAAACCACGAUUGCAGACCUAAUUGUAAGUUUGUGUCAACUGGUCGAGAUACGGCAUGUGUGAAGGCUCUAAGAGAUAUUGAACCUGGAGAAGAGAUUUCUUGUUAUUAUGGAGAUGGGUUUUUUGGAGAAAAUAAUGAGUUCUGCGAGUGUUACACAUGUGAAAGGCGGGGAACUGGUGCUUUUAAAUCCAGAGUGGGACUGCCCGUGCCUGCUCCUGUUAUCAACAGCAAAUAUGGACUCAGAGAAACAGAUAAACGUUUAAAUAGGCUAAAAAAGCUAGGUGACAGCAGCAAAAACUCAGACAGUCAGUCUGUCAGCUCUAACACUGAUGCAGACACCACUCAGGAAAAAAACAAUGCAAGUAAGUAAGGGAGAUUUGAUAAGCAUCUCUUUCUAAAGUGUUUGCACACAGUUGCUUCCUAAAGUGUGCUUCCGUAGUCUUAAGUGUGUCCAUACUGAGAGAAGCUGGAACUCACAAGCUUGGGCAGCAUUUCCAGGCUCUAGAACCGUUUGAGGUCAAAGGCACGGUCUGUGUCCACCUCCAAGUUCAGUACCGUCUCUAGACUGUGCUGCUCAGAUACUUGGGAACUGGAUGUGGAGGUCUUCAUCGUACGUUCCAGGGCAUCGUGUGGGUGAGAAAAGCGUUCAAAGUGGUAGUGGCACUGUCAGGAUGCCACUAGGCCCUUCAAGAGGACACAAGGACUGGGGAGAAUCACAAAGACUGACGCGCUGCAGCGUCUUGCCAGUCUGGCAGGAAAAGAUGGCGGGCUCGGGACGCCGUCGCCUCCAGCCCCAGGGCUGCUGCCUUCGACUUCUCUCUGACCUUUCUCGAACCGAACUGACCCGGGUUGCCAGACCCCCAGUUAUGGCCUCAGUUGCCACAGAGGAGCGUUUUGAGUGUUGCUGUGUACGACCUGUUGUGUCAGCUCCCACAGGAGGGAGAGAGAGGAGAAGGAGAAAGAUGAGGCCGGGUGUGGGCCAUGGCCUGAUGGAGACGGGACAAGAGAAUGAAGA